AUGUCUUGUGUGAAGUGUAAUAUUAAGCAAUGGUUACGUUCUAUUCACAUAAUCACAUAUAUUUUAAUAUUAACUGUUGUAUUACCAGCUUUGAUUAUCACCUCCAUUCAAAGAGAAAUAAAAAAGCAAGAAAAAACAGCACUGGUGGGUGGAAUUUUCGUGAUUCUAGCCCUACCUAUUUCAAUACACGGAAUUACUCAGCACAUGAUAUAUUAUUCACGCCCUUCUUUACAAAAAUAUGUCAUAAGGAUUCUGUGGAUGGUUCCUAUAUAUGCUUUAAAUGCAUGGCUUGGCCUUGUGUAUCCUAAUCAAGGAAUAUAUGUAGAUUGUGCCAGAGAAUGUUAUGAGGCAUAUGUAAUAUAUAACUUCUUAGUAUAUCUUUUCAAUUAUUUAAAUGAAGAAAUGGAUUUAGAGAUUAAUCUUGCUUUAAAACCUCAAAUCAAGCAUUCUUUUCCUCUUUGUUGGAUGCGUAAUUGGAAGAUGGGAAGAGAAUUGGUGCACAACUGUAAGCAUGGCAUUCUUCAAUAUACCUUAAUAAGGCCACUUACUACUGGCAUCGCAUUUUUAUGUGAACUAAAAGAUGUUUACGGAGAUGGUCAGUUCAAUGCAAAUGUUGCUUUCCCAUACAUAAUUGCAGUCAAUAACCUUUCCCAAUUUAUGGCCAUGUAUUGCUUGGUUUUAUUCUAUAGAGCAAAUAGAGAAGAAUUACGACCUAUGGAACCAAUUGGCAAAUUUUUGUGUAUAAAAGCUGUUGUUUUUUUUCAUUUUUCCAAGGAGUGCUAAUAGCAAUAGCAGUAAACACUGGUGUUUUAGAUUUUCUAUAUGAUCCUGGUAGCGAACAUAAUGUUACUGCUCUUGCCAACAAACUUCAGAAUUUCCUUAUUUGUAUUGAAAUGUUUUUGGCAGCAGUAGCACACCACUAUAGCUUUUCAUAUGAACCAUACGUUAAUGAUCUAGUGGAGAAACGUACUCUUUGUGAUGCUUUUGUAGCAAUGUGGGAUGUAUCCGAUGUUCAAGCUGAUCUAAAGGAACAUUUUGGAGUUGUUGGAAAUUCUAUAAGCAAUUUCAAUAGACAGAUUAGAGGUGUUCGUGACUCAUCAUCGUCGUCUGCCUCUACAGCAUUACUGUCUAAAACCAGUUCUUCUGGAUAUAAUACUAUUGAUGCAUAA